AUGUCAAGAAGGCAAGUAGGUUCGACGAGGCGUGUAGGUGAUGGUGGAAGCUUCCCAUUCGUAGGAGCUUUACACUCAAAAUCACGUUCGUCUCCUCUAAUAUCUAUUUGCCUUGUUCUCGUGGGAGCAUGCCUUCUCAUUGGUUAUGCUUACAGUGGUCCAGGUAUGUUCAAAAGCAUCAUAGAAGUCAGCAAGAUCUCAGGGGACUACUAUUCAUGCACAUCAGAAGUGCAAAGAACCAUUCCUCUUCUUAAGAGUGCGUACGGAGAUAGCAUGCGCAGAGUCUUACACGUGGGUCCUGACACAUGCUCGGUGGUCUCUCUUUUACUGAAGGAAGAUGAGACUGAAGCAUGGGGUGUUGAGCCAUAUGACGUAGAGGAUGCAGACUCGAGCUGCAAAGGUCUUUUGCACAGAGGCGUUGUACGUGUAGCCGACAUCAAAUUCCCUCUGCCUUACCGAGCAAAGUCCUUCUCUCUCGUCAUCGUCUCAGAUGCUCUUGAUUACCUCUCGCCUAGAUACUUGAACAAAACUGUUCCUGAACUUGCACGUGUUGCUUCAGAUGGCGUCCUUCUCUUUGCAGGCAAUCCUGGUCAACAAAAGGCUAAAGUUGCCGAAUUGUCGAAAUUUGGGAAACCGGCGAAAAUGCGUAGCUCGUCGUGGUGGACUCGUUUCUUUUCACAAGUGAACUUGGAGGAAAACGAAGCAGCAGGCAAGAAGUUCGAGCAAGCAGCUUCCAAGAUUUCAUACAAACCUACUUGUCAAGUCUUCCACGUCAAGCCAUUACAUUAG